AUGGCCAGCAACAACAAUAAUAAUAAUAAUAACAGUAACAUUAAUAAUAACGAUGAUUCGAAGCCAAAGUUGAACUUUCACUGCCAACUAGCUCAGGGUAGUCCCACUGGGAUAAUAUCCGGAUUCACUAACGUCAAGGAGUUAUACCAGAAGAUUGCGGCCUGUUAUGAUAUUAAACCAUCAGAGAUCUUAUUCUGCACCUUAAACACUCACAAAAUUGACAUGGCGCGUUUGCUGGGGGGGCAGUUGGGCCUUGAAGAUUUCAUAUUCGCCCACGUGAAGGGCCGUCCAAAGGUCGUCGAUGUGGAGAAAAGCGAGGAAGCUCUCGGUCUUACCAUUACGGAUAAUGGGGCCGGUUUGGCAUUCAUUAAAGCUAUAAAGGAAGGUAGCGUAAUGAGCAAGAUAGAUGGACUGAUCGUCGGGGACCACAUAGAAAAAAUAAACAACGUUUCCGUAGUUGGAAGUCGUCAUUUUGAGGUGGCCAAGAUGUUAAAGGAGAUCCCAGUGAAUUCAACCUUCUCUCUCAGGGUUGUUGAGCCAGAAAAAUCAGAUUUCGGUAGUCCCGUAACAAGCAAGAACCAGAAGACAUCGAAGGGCGGUAGCAUGGGUACGGGUAAAGAGACUCUGAGAUUAAGGCCAAAGGGGGCAGCCACUUUGGAAAUAGCUGAUGAUGUCUCAAGCGUAGCAGUAGACAAAAUAAAUGCCAUGUUGGAAGGUUUUCUCGGGAUAAGUGAUGCCGAAUUAUCCCAAACAAUCUGGGAAUUGGGAAGCAAGAGUAACAAUCCCAGCGAGUUUGUUACGAUUAUUCGGGAUUCAGAUCUGAGUAUGUUUGGCUUUACGGAAGUUUUCAUAUUCGAGCUCUGGGGCGCCAUCUCAGACGCCAAACAGGGCAGGCUGAAAAAGAUCAAAGAGGUUGACGAAAAGUUCUAA